AAACCAACAACGGCUUAUCUUCAACUCCAGCGCACAAACACAUACACACUCUUAUCUGUAUCUCUUAAUUCAAAUGGAACACUUGUCCUUGAGUUCCUCUUUGCAAAAUGAAAUCCAAACCGACAAUUCGGGAUUGCCUGAGAAAAAAAUCGGAAGCCAAGGGCUAAGGAAAAAGAUUGUGAAGAAGGGAAAUUCAUGGCAAACUCCAUUUCCUGGAGAUGAAGUGGAAGUUCAUUUCAAUGGAUAUAUCGAAGGUGGGGCAAGUCUUGAGUCAAGUCGUGAUAAAGGGGUUCCCUUUAAGUUCAAAUUAGGCCAGGGUGAAGUAAUCAAAGGAUGGGAUGAAGGGGUUGCCACCAUGAAGAAUGGAGAAAGAGCAAUUUUUACGGUACCGCCAAACUUGGCCUACGGGGAGGCUGGUUCUCCACCACUGAUUCCUCCCAAUGCAACUCUUGUUUUUGAUAUUGAGAUGCUGUCUUGGAGUAGCAUCAGGGAUUUAACAGGCGAUGGAGGGAUAUUGAAGAAGAUAAUGAAGGAGGGUGAAGGAUGGGCUACACCAAGAGAUGGAGAUGAAGUUUUAGUGAAGUAUGAGGCAAGGAUUGAGACUGGAAUGCUUGUCUCCAAAUCCGAGGAAGGUGCUACGUUUCAUAUAGGAGAUGGCUAUCUAUGUCCUGCCUUGUGCAGAGCAGUGAAGACAAUGAGAAAGGGUGAGAAAGCAGAGCUAGCAGUAAGACUUUCUUAUGGCUUCAUUGAAAAAGGAAAUUUAGCUCCUGACAUUGAAAGUAACAUUCCACCUUAUUCUAAUUUAACCAUCCAACUUGAGCUUGUAUCAUGGAGAAGUGUCACCGAUGUCACCGGAGAUAAGAAGGUCCUUAAAAAAAUUGUAAAAGCCGGUGAAGGAUUCGAUCGUCCGACAGAGGGAUCCCACGUGAAAGUGACAUAUGUUGGCAAACUUGAAGAUGGAACAGUUUUUGACAGGAAAGGGACUAAUGGAGAGCCAUUUGAAUUCAUAACUUUGGAAGAACAAGUAAAUGAGGGUCUAGACAGGGCCAUUAUGACUAUGAAGAAAGGAGAGCAUGCUACAGUGACCGUGGAUGCCAAAUAUCUCCAUGGCCAUGACAUUUCAGGAAUGCUUCCUGCAAAUUCCAUGCUUCAUUAUGAAGUUGAGCUGCUUGAUUUUAUUAAGGAGAAACCAUUCUGGAAAAUGGAUACACAUGAGAAACUAGAAGCAAGUGAAAGGAAGAAGCUAGAUGGCAAUGUGCUAUUCAAGGCAGGAAAAUUCUGGCGUGCCUCUAAGAAAUACGAGAAGGCUGCAAAAUACAUCGAGUUCGACCACUCUUUCACUGAUGAGGAAAUGUGCCUGGCAAAAAGCUUGAGGCUAUCAUGUUACCUGAAUAACGCAGCUUGUAAGCUUAAAUCAGGGGAGUUCCUUGAAGCUUCAAGGCUAUGCACAAAGGUUUUAGAACUCGAUCCACUCAAUGUCAAAGCUCUAUUCAGACGAUCGCAAGCAUACUUGAAAACAUCUGAAUUAGAGAAAGCUGAGGCAGACAUAAAGAAAGCUCUAGCCAUUGAUCCAAAUAAUAGAGAAGUGAAACUUGGGUACAAGGAGCUGAAAGAUAAGCAAAGAGAGUAUGAGAAAUAUCAAGCUGAGCUUUUCAGCACCAUGGUUUCAAGGAUGGGUUGACCAAACUUCAAGUUAUACAUGUGUAAUGAUAUAAAUAUUUUUUGUUUAUUACUAUUAUUAAAUAUUUAUAUUUAUUUUUAAA